AUGCAAGAUGAAAAGCAAGCCUCUGAACCAAACCCAGAAAAGGAUAGAAAUGAAUUUAAAGAUCCUGAACAUGUUUUAGCAAAUAUUAAAUACAUAAUACCAAGAAUUGGUCAGAAAUAUGAUUCAUUGAUUACACCACUAUUAGAUAAACAGCUUUUACAAAAAGGUGAAAUCGCUGUUGCUAAUUCGAAAACUAAUUAUUUAUCCAAGGAACUAUAUGACUUGGUGAAAAAUGAUGAUCUUACAAGAAAAAAUGUUGCAGUUGCUUUAAAUUUAGAUGAAAAGAAUGCGAUUACAAGAUUGAUUCCAUUAAAACAUAGAUAUUAUAGAGAUUCAAAAUUGAUGGUACAUGACAGGAGUAAACAAAAUAAAAUAGUAAUUGAUCCAGCCCAUCGAUUCCGAAUGGUAAUGACGACACAUUUAUUGAAUGAUCAUUUAACCAGAGGGGCUAUAUAUAGGACUCUAUCGAAGUGUUUUGCUAAUCUAUCGGAUCCGUUCAUAAAGACAUCGAUUGAAUAUUGUUCAAUAUGUAAUUCAAAUAAAAAAAAUAUCCGAAGGAAAAAGGAACCACAGCUUUCUAAUUCCCCUGAUAUUUUAUUUUAUGAAAGAUUAAUUCUGGAUGUUGUUGCUCCCUUUGGGGCUAAGAAAAUCCAGAAGAGAUAUACUCAUAUUUUAACAAUAACUGACUUCCAUACUAAAUUUAUGUGGAGUUUCCCACUAAAAAAUCUGAAGCUGCGAACAAUUAUAAGUAAAGUCACAGAAUUCAUAGUAGCUCUCCCUGUGAAACCAGUAUUUAUUUCCUCCUUUACUCUAUCUCUAAACGAUAUCUUUGAGUUAUGCUGCUAUUUGGCUCGGGAAUAUAACAUCUCCAUAGGUCUAGGCACUAGAAAUAUGCAAAAAGCAUACUCAAAGAAUCCUUACGUAACGAGAAUAUUAAAUUCUCAUAAGACAGAAUGUUUGAAAAGUUGGUUUAUGUGUCUUAAAUGGCUUGCUGAUAGACAGAGUAAUUCAAAAUUUGACAUACGUCCCCCUAAUAAGAAUUAUGGGUUAUUUUCAGGUAUGACAGACUUUUUAAAAAAAUAUGAAGAGAGGUCGAAGAUGAUCAUAGGUAGAUUGCCCUCUGAAAAUUUCAUUAACAUUGACGAAGGCUCUCAUUUCAUAUAUUCUGAGGAUGAGUUUUCUUUUGAUAACUUAGUUGAAAAGGAAACACCUAAAAAGCUUUCUGAAUCAGUAGUCAAUUCCUCUGAAGACUCUGAUGAUAAUUAUGAAGAUAAUCAAGAGGAUAAUUACUUGGCAGAAGGUCCUAAUAGAGAUGAUACCAUCCUGGAUUAUAAUGAUACUUUCACUGAGGCUGAGUCAGGUGUGCUGCUAUAA